AAAGCUUCAGCAUCAUGGAAAACAAAACUGACAGGAAUAGUUAUUCUGAUAUUUUCCUUAGUAGUACAAUUCUAAACAUUUUUGGGACUGUGAUUGGAGUCAUUGGAAACUCUGCCAUCAUAUUUUUCUACUUCUUUCGGAUUAAGGAGAGAGGCGAGCGAUACUUUAUACCCCUGCUUGGUAUAGUGGAUCUUUUAGGGUGCUUAACCUUCUUUUUUUAUUUCAUCUUUAAUGAUGAAAGCAUUCACCGAAGUAAUGUUUUUUGUAAAGUCUCUUCGUUUCUACAGAUUUGUAUUCCAGGAAUAUCCGCACAUACAAUCCUUGUUAUUUCGGUUCAAAGGUAUUACUUAGUCUGUAAGCCAUUUGGACCGAAAAUGACACGUUUUUGGAAGCGCGUUUUAUUUGGAGUUGUUUGCUUGAUUUCUUUAGUGUAUUCCGCCCCACUGUUGGCUACUGCCGGACUCUUUACAGUAAAUGUUACGUAUAUGAACCACAGUUUGACAAUAGAAGUGUGCAACUUUUCUGACAAACAGUCAAUUUCAAAGAUUAUGUAUCCUUACCUUUUGUUUCUGAUAAUUGCAGUUAAUCUUAUCAUUACAAUUUGUAUGUAUGUUCCCGUCUUGAAGAAGAUUAAAAUCCUAUUCAGUUCCAGAACAGACAAGAGCAGUAAUGUAACAUCUGAGAGAGAAAUGUCAAAUGUAUCAUGUAAAUUGAAUAUGGAAAUCGAUGACACCGAGAUACCAUGCAACUCAAAUAAACAGAAGGGGGCGGCAAUAACAAUUAGAAUACCAAACGUUCAUAAAAAGGGAAUGUUUGAAACAUCUGAUGUAUCUGACGACCAAGCACACACCAUAGAAGUCCAAAAUGACGUUGAAGACAGUAUAAGAAACAAUGUUGCUGAUACUGUGACAGCUAACCAAAAAGCAGCAAAAAACAAUAAGAAGCCAAAGUCUCAAGUUGCAUCAGGACAGGGACGAGUUACGAUAAUGUUUUUUUAUCUCAUUGUGGCUUAUGUGUUGUCGUACACACCACCGCUUAUCAUUUGGAUUCUUUCUUUUACAGUUGAUGACAUUUAUUCAUCAUUAACAAAAACUGAGAGGACUGUUCUAUUCUAUUUAAGUAAACUAAUUCUUCUGAAUCACGUCAUCAAUCCUUUCAUUUAUGGAUUUUUUGACACAAAGUUCAAGGAGCAGCUCCGCAAAUUGUGUCAAAGAAAAAAGUAUAAAUUGCAAUCCUAAUAGAAAAUUCCACCAAAAUAGUCCUUUUUAAGUUGUACAACAGUUAUUUCUUAUCUAUUUCAUGAAAUCAUUGAAAAAAGUACCAGAUAUUUGAUAUAUUUUUUUAAUUCCAUGCUCAUGUAUUUUCUAUCUGUUUAACCGUAAGUGUUUUGUUAUUCUUAAACUUUUGAAAAUCAAUUUUUAAUUAAUUUUCUUUCUGCAAUUUCUUUAAAAAAACAUUUAGUUGCUUUUUCUUUCUUUAUUGAUAAUAGUCGUUAUAACUGUUAGAUUUAUGGAUGUUUCCUUUAAUGUACGUUCAAAUAUAUUUUUUAACUAAAACCAAGAAUAUUUACACACAUUAUAAAAAAUGUUUACAUAUAUGAUUCUGAUUUGACGAUGCAGUUAAAAUGUUGUGGCAUCGCUUAUGUUAUAAAAAUAUGUGCGAUCAUUUAACACUCAGUAUUCCAUGUUAUUUAUAUUCUACCUUAUUUUGAUUUCUAAGAGACUGAUAGGUGAAAGACCAUUUCUUUGAUGCUGGCUGUUAAUAGUUAUAUAAGCAUUCAGAUUGCACGGACUUGAGUUGGCAGAGUUGAUAUGUACGUAAACUUAUUUUGCUAAAUUGUAUGUCCUAUUGCU